AUGGAUGGCUCUAUGCAUCGAUCCAAGCGCCGUCGCCUUGAUACCACUCCCAAGCCCCAGAAUGGCUUCAUCCAUUCGCCCGUAGAAUCCUCGUCCGACGAGCUGGCCGCGGGCUCCGACCACGACGAGGCCGAACGCCGCCGCGCCAGCUGGUCCAUCCAGAAGGCAUAUCCCCCACAGCGCCCAUACCGUCGCUCGCGCAGCUUCAGCGGCUCCGAGAGCCCCGAUGAGCUCGCUGUCGACGCGAAGGAGUACUGGUCGGCGAGGAACCGCGGUCGCAGUCCAUCCUCGCCCUCCGAGCCGAGCGCGGAGCCGUCCUCGGAGCGAUAUCUUGAUCACGACCACGACGAAGCGGAAGAAGAGGAGGUAAACGAUGCUCCCGAGCCUGAGUUCGACCCCGAAAAUGAUCCGGAGCAGGAAGACGGCGGCGCCGAGGGCGAUGUCGAAGAGACCGCAACCGCUGCCGACGGUGAUGUAGCUGUUGAUCAGUCGUUUGGCGAACGGUCGCCCACCCCGGUGCCGCAGCCACCACCACCACCGCCCAAACCGGACAAAGUGACUUAUCACCAGAAGUAUUUACUACGAGGUCAUAUUCGAGGAGUCUCGGCAGUACGGUUCUCGCCGGACUCUUCGAUGAUCGCUAGCGGAGGGGCGGAUGGGGCUGUCAAGGUAUGGGACACAGUGACGGGUCGGUUGAUCCAUACGUUCGAGGGUCAUCUGGCAGGCAUUUCGACCAUCUCGUGGAGUCCGGACGGAGCGACCAUUGCGUCGGGAUCAGAUGACAAGACUAUUCGCCUAUGGAAUGUAUUGACGGGCAAGGCACAUCCGAUCCCCUUCGUCGGCCACCACAACUACGUCUACCAGAUUGCAUUUUCGCCCAAAGGCAACAUGCUCGUGAGCGGAUCCUACGAUGAAGCGGUAUUUUUAUGGGAUGUGCGAUCAGCACGAGUGAUGCGGUCGCUGCCCGCACACUCCGACCCGGUCGGAGGCAUUGACGUCGUCUGGGACGGCACCCUCAUUGCCUCGUGCGCGACAGACGGAUUGAUUCGGAUCUGGGAUACCGCGACAGGCCAGUGUCUGCGGACGCUGGUGCACGAAGACAACCCGCCUGUGACGGCGGUGAAAUUCUCCCCGAAUGGCAAGUACGUGUUGGCGUGGACGCUGGACGACUGCGUGCGACUGUGGGACUACGUCGAAGGGCGGUGCAUCAAGACGUACCAGGGUCAUGGCAAUGUGAAAUACAGUCUGCAGGGCGGAUUCGGGGUAUAUGGGGAGCGGGGCGGACCGCGGUAUGCGUUCGUCGUCAGCGGCAGCGAGGACGGAGCCGUGCUGUGCUGGGACGUGGUCAGCAAGCAAGUGCUGCAACGUCUGGAGGGCCAUAACGGGGUAGUGCUGGGAGUGGACACAUGCACGCUGGAGGAGUCGCGACUAAUGGUGAGCUGCGGGUUAGACGGGACCGUGCGGGUAUGGGAGGAAGUGGAUGCAGAAGCAGCAGACAACACCACUAACACCUCCACCAUCAACACACCUCCCCAAAUCAAUGGAGACGGAGUGAAUGGAGACAUGGCCCAAUUGAAUGGGGUCAUGGAAGUUGAAAAACCUAACGGCCAACCAGAAGCAAACCACGACCACAACCACGACCACAACCUCGAGCAACCGAACGGACACAAAGAUAACCCGGAACCGGAACCGGAAGACACCGAAAUGGGCGAAGCCACCGGCCCAGACGGGUAA